CAAUUCAAGCUUAUCAUCCACACCGUCCGUCACCCACGGCCGCGGCCCUUGUACCAGUCUUUGCCCGACGACGCCCUUCUUCAAAGAGCCAAUGCGACGGUUAGCAUAGAUGCUCAAUAUGAAGGAGCUUAAAAGAAAAGAAUCGCGGUGAUGGUGCGUGCGGAGCUGGCGGAGCAGAGCCGGCAGAGCGGGCCGGAGAGCACCAGCUAUGCUCCUCCGUCCAGAGGCCUCGACCGCAAACUAUCGCGACAGGGCAGUCGCAACCAAAUGGGGAGUUCACAGACAUUCGGGGGUUCGACGCUCGGGCGACGCGGCGAGCAGAUGGACCAGGGCGGCGGGCGGGACACGAUGAGCCGCGGUGGGCCAGCGCCGCGCCAGCCGGGGCACCACGCGGGCUCGGGCUUGCCCGCCUACGGCACCCGGCCACCCAGCAGACCCGCGUCCUCGGCGGUGGGGCCGCUCACCAGCCCACGCGGUCACAACCCCAACAAUUCCUACCGUGAUGCAGCCAUGAUAGCAGCACAGCACGGUCUGGGCGCGUACGGGCCGUCAGCAGUAGCGGCGGCAGCCUCACGUAGCCUGACGUCCCGCUCGGGCGCUGGCGCUGGCGGCGGUCUCAACUCAUCACACGGACUAGGCGGCCUCCCGGGGUCACUGCCGCGCCAGGCUCAGCACAGUGGCCAUAUGGGUCACUACUAUGCCCAUCACCAGUACGGCCAGUUUGGCGGCAGCGGGGCGGCGGAGCGGCUUCCCUCGCGCUCAGGGCCGCCGCCCAGUAGAGGCGGCGUGCCGCCCUCUCGAAGCGGCGUGCCGCCGUCACGGUCAGGGCCGCCGCCGCCCAGCAGCCCUGGCGCCUACCACCGCACCACGGACGCGCCGCAUGGCGAAGGGCCGUGGCGCGGCUCCCAAGAUCCUGUAUUGCAGGAGGGGGGCCAGCCGGUGGUGCUGGUGCACCCGCUGGCAAUGGCCACGGGCCCACGCGGCGUGGCGCCGGCGGGUUGGGGCGCAGCAGCAGGCCCCAGUCCGUAUGAGGUGGACGGGCGGCCGGGCACACGCGGCGGUGGGCCGCAGUACGACAUAGAGGGCCGCCCCACGACCCGGGGCGGGCAGCGGCCGCCGUCGCGGGCGCAACUGGGCCUUGGGAGCGGCGUGCCACCCAAGCCGCCGCCGGGCGGGCUCAUUCCGCCACUAGGGGGCGCCGGCUGGGCCGGCAUGUUUGCAGGUGGAGGCGGCGCGACAGGGGCCUCCGCCGGCUCGCCCGGGGGCGGCUCAGGGCCGGGCGGCGGCGCAGCAGGCUGCGGCGGGGGUGGAGACCUGUCCAGUUCGCUGCGGCGGUCCAUGCUGCCACUUCCACCGUCCUUGGGCCCCAACGCCAACGGCGCAGGCAGCCUGGGCAGCAAGUCUCACGGCACGGGCGUGCUGUCCUCCAUGGGGCCGACGCAUGGGCACUUGAGCGGCUCUGGCACUCUCACGAGCACUGGGCGCAUGGUGUCUAAGCUCACCAGCAUAGCGGAGGCGCCAAGCUCGCCGUCCAUGCCAUCACCAAAGACGCCUGGCAGCAGGAUAGACAGCGCAGGCGGCGGCGCUGGGGGAGGUGGUGGCAGCUUUGAUCGGAAGAGCUCCCGGGAACGCGACCUGAUGCUGAGUUCAAUACCCGACGGCGCUGCCAUGGACGCCUUCCUUGACGGUAUAUCCGAGGAGGGCGCUGAUGGCAUCCAGGAUAGCGACAUCGACUCCUGCCUAGCCAACAUGGACCAGGACAGCGGCGGCAACCGCGGCAAGCUAGGCUCACGCCGCAGCAACGCAGGCAGCAACGCCAGCGGCAGCAAUAGCCGGCAGCACAGCUCGCAGGGCGGCGCGUCGCGUGGCGGUGGUGCAGGUGGCGCGUUGGAAUCACCGACUUCGGGACGGCACUGACGUGUUGACGUACGCUGCCAUCGGAAACGAGGACCGCACACCGCUGCAGAAGCGCUGUCGUUGACGAUUGCGAUACCAUCGGACGUGACCGGACAUAAUUUGGAACUCAACGGGACGCGUUGGCGUCAGCAGCGGCGUGGCCCGCGGCAAGCAUUCGCUCCUUGCGCGCAGCUGGCUGCGGGGUUGUGGACCCUGAGAUGCAUGAGCAGAGCUCAUAUAGCUGCUAACGUCGGCAUGGCAAACAUAAAGUUUAUGGAUAAGACCCCACGAUACGACCUGACCACCUGUGACUGUCACAGCGCCCAGAGCGGAGUGACUGCUUUGACGCGGCGUGUCCAGAGCGACUGUAUGUCGCCCUGAGCCCGGCGACUUUGAGACACGAAGCUGUGCAAGCAUAUUAUAUGGAGGUUGUUGUUUCAUGAACUGCUUUUUUGGACUUUGGACCAGACGUCUUAACGCCUAGAAAUGGAGGCGGCGAGCCCUGCCGGUCCGUUGCCUGUUCUUCAUGAGUGUGCAACUGGGGACUCAGUGCAUUGCUGCAUGCAACGGUGUCUGGUUAAUUACAAACGGGAUGCAGGGUACAGGCCUGCACGUGCAGGCUGCGGUUUCAUGGUGCAGGGCCGCUAGGUAGGGAAGGAAGGCGAUCAUGAGUUGGGCAGGCGGGCGACUUGUGACUGUUUUUGUAUUGCGGAGGCGAUUUGCCUGUGCCGGGUACGGCGUGGGGGAGGUGACUUUGACGUCUUGGAACAGCAUGCGAUAUGAUAGGGCGGCCCGGCAGGAAGAAGAGCGAUGGCAGCAGCAGCAGCGGCAGCGACGGCGGCAGUAGAGCACCCCUCGCUAAUCACGGUGUACCAGAACACCCCAAGGAUAUUUCUGAAUAGUGUGUUGCGCGACCAGCUGGACGCAGAUACGGGCACAAUUGAGCUGCACAUCCGUGGUGAGGUGUAUGAGUUCCAGUACCACGGUCGUUGUCAAACGCGUUGGAUGCCAGGGAGACAGCGUGUGCCAGUGGGGCGCUACACGUGCGCCUCGCUUGAGCAGGGGCAGACAGCUGGGGGCGAGUGGAGGGUCACCAUCCACGCAGAGCCGGAGCUGGGGCGUGGGCGUCGCCGGCGGAGGCCCACAACCCGCUUCGACCUCGCGGGGUAGCGCGGCUCCUGCGGUGGAUUGAAGUCUAUCCGCUCUAUUUCAAACAACUCAUCGGACUCAAGCUCGUCAAUGCACGGAUUUGCAGCUGAGAAACUUCCGGUACAGGCACAUUUGAACGGCACUGACAGUAUUCGGUAUUUGCGAAAGGGAUACUAUACCCACCCACCCACCCAGUAUUAGUGAGCAUGGGGAUUCGAACCCCUUGGCAUCAAGCCAAUGGCACCGUUUGCCAUUGCACACACCGCGAAUGUACGUGCGGCCUUGGUCGUUGGUCAGGUGGCAGGCAGACAUGUCGGAUUCGUAAAACCCAGUGUAGAUCCCGUGAAACUCGCUCUUCUUGUCCUUGAACUCAAACUUGACGUUUGGAUACAGCUUGAAGAAUGCAGGUAGCAGGACUAUCACACCAGUGAUGCCUUGAUGGGUUGAGCGGUAAUCCUUCUGGACGGCAAAGGUAUGGAGUGCACGACGGAUAAAGGAGGGCAUGUUUAAGGCUUGCAGAGUCGACUCCAGCUUGCAAGACCAGUUCUUGGUCCAGGGCUCGUCAAAAGAAAGACGCGGAGCGAGUCACGUCGGCGCACAGAGUCGUGUCCCACUCUGGGCUUGGAUGUGGACAGUGCAGAUGGCUGGGUGUCACUGUCCUGAACUGCAUAUCCACGGGGCAAGGAACUAUCGAACAGUCCA